GGAAUCUGUCUGUAUUGCUAACUUCUUCAUAAUCUUGUAGGAGAUGAUCAUGCGGAUCCUGUUUGUGCUGUUCCUGGUAGAAGCCUGCGCUGCUCAGGAGCCUGGAGGUGAAGAUGGAGGUACGAUUGGUGUGUGCGAUGGAGUUAGGGCAAAACUGGAAAAAGCAUUUCAACGAUGGCCGGCGCUGAAAGAAGAUUUUGGGUUGAAUGACAAAAAUCUAAGCAGAUCAAGGAGUUACUUCACAUAUGACUUUGCAGUCCUACUCGACUACCCACCUGGCGUUGGUUCUUGUGGUGGACGAUAUCCAAUCUGGGAGAAAGAAAAAAAAGCAAAGACAUCCGUUGUGUGCAUCCAAACCGAGGAGAGUAUCUGUUUCAAACAGUUUGUGAUAGACUCCGAGAAUUGCUAUGGUGUUAUACCCACGUACAGACUUCAAACUGAUUUCGACGGGAGUGUUUUCUGUUUUCAGCCGAAUUUCUGUACUAACAAGCCAUGUCUAUAACUGUACGAAUGAACGAAAUGGCUAUACAUGCAAAUGUCCAACGGGAUUUGACGGCCCUAGAUGUGACGGAGAUCCGUGUACGAGUAGUGAGAUGUUACCUCAAAUGGAAGAACGAUCGAACCCUUAUUCUGCAAUCGGCAGUGUGACUGAUGAAAACCUAGCAAAGGCAUGGUAUUCAGCACCAGAAGGAAUGAAGAUGUCUGAUCAUGCACCUCCCAGUGGCCCUGCUUGUGGAGCACAAAAUGGACUUUGGAGCAAAAUGAGGGAAGGGACUUCAGAAUACAUCUGCCUGCCAUUUAAGGAUGAUACUUGCAAAUCAAUGACCACCAUGAAAUCGAUGCUGUGUGAUGGCAGACGGGUGUACGGAAUAGAAAAGGCACUAUGGACUUCCAGUUACUGUUUUGAAUGCAGACCGGACCCGAUUGAUCUUCUUUUCAUUCAAGAUGUGUCAUCAUCUGUUAUGAAGAGUGUUUAUGACGAAAUGAGGCUGUUCAUCAAGUAUUUUGUCGGUGACAUUGAUGCAAGCCAAGACGCUCAUAAUGUUGCUCUAAUGACUUUCGCGAAGGAGCCUAAGAUUGCCUUCCACUUGAAUACGUACAACACCAAAACAAGCAUUAUGUCGGCCAUUCGUUCUGUGAAUGGUACAGGUGGAGGCACAUAUCUGGGCAAAGCUCUCGAAUUGGCCGCUUCUGAUAUUUUCACUGAGAACAAUGGUGACCGUGGGGAUUCUAAAAACGUAGUCAUCCUUCUCACCGACGGCAGAAGCAAAAACACCGCUGACGUAUAUAAGAACGUCAAUGCUUUGAAAGGAACCGCUGAACUAUUUGUCGUGACUUCAGUUAUAAGUGAUAUGUUCGCGGAUAUGCCCUCUUCUGCCCUGUCCUCGAAUCAUGUCUUUACCUUAAGCGAUACAGAUGGAGAGCGUUUCACGAGGGUCAUCUUGCCUGACCGAUUCUGCAAUAUGGCACCAUAAGCAGAUAUAUAUACAGGAAGAAAUCUCAUCAGUUUCGCCUGUAACAGUGAACGACAAAGUUAUGAAAUAAAAGAUU